AUGGGACGAUCUAGAUCAAGAAGUAAAUCUCCUCGAAGGCACCACAAAAGCAGUAAACACUCGAGGAAGAAAAGUCGAUCAAAGGACAGAUCCUCUUCACGAAGUAGGAGUACAAAACACGCCGAAAAGUCGAGGGAGCGGAAUUCCAAGUCACGGAAAAGAUCUCAUUCUGUGUCAUCAAAUUCAAGCACUGAUGGUUCAUACGAUGGUAGUAGAAAUAGAAAAAAGUCCAAGUGCCGCAGUAAAAUGGACGAAGUGGAUCGUCUUGCAGAGAUGGAGAGACAAAGACGUGUGAGAGAAGCGGAACAAAAGGUAGUUGAAGAGGAAGCUGCUAAGAGAAUAGAACUUUUAGUAAAGAAAAGAGUAGAAGAGGAACUCGAAAAAAGAAAAGAUGAAAUAGAAAGAGAAGUGGCUAAAAGAGUCGAAGAAGCCAAGAGAAAAAUGGAACAUGAGAUGAUGCAAGAACUAGAAAAACAGCGUGAACAACAGAAACGCGAGGAAAUUGCUCGUCAGGAGUCGCAGCUUGUGGAUCCACCCCUGAAGCCGAAGGCGGAAGAGGAACGUAAAAGGAAAGAGUUGGCUGAUAUCAUGGCUGAAAAUAAUAGAAAGAUUGAAGAGGCACAGCGCAAGUUGGCCGAAGAAAGACUCGCAAUGAUUGAAGAACAAAGAAAGAUGGAUGAGGAAAGGCAGAAGCUCAAAAAAGAACAAGAGAAGCGUGUGAAAGAAGAACAAAAGAAAAUUUUAGGGAAAAACAACUCUAGGCCCAAACUCUCAUUCUCUUUGAAACCCCUCUGA